AUGGAUCAACUCAGCUCCCUCUACGUCCGCAUGGCGAGCGGGUCGCACAGCCAGCUGCACAACCCAAUCUCCGUCAUAGGCUUCGUGGACCAGAUGCAAAGUCGCAUGGAGAAGAGCUCGGCACCGCGCAAGAACUAUCUCAUAGACUCCUCCACCCCACACAGCGACACCGUCAUUGCCGAGUCGUCGGCUCUGAAGCCCAGCGUGGGGUGGGUGACACUGCAGGUCACCGAGGGCAUUCGCCGCGGCAUCCACGAAUGGGGCAUCAAGAUUGAGCACCACGGCGAGAGUAACGACGGGAGCGGGCUCAUGCUGGGUAUCGUACCAAAGAACUUCACGAAGUAUGACACGUUCAUUUCGCAGGGCGGCGGCUGGUGCCUUAGCCGAGCCGGCAAAUUCUACGGUCACUGGCGCCGCACCGACACCGGCGGUGGUGUGUUGACUUUCGGGACUGGCGACCGCAUCGUCCUCACCCUCGACUACGACGCUGCCGUCAUGACGGUGCGGGUCGGUGACAAGAUGAUCGUCGGUGAGCUCAGCGGGCUGACGAUGGAGGUGUUCCCUGCCAUCUCGCUCCACUACCGGCACCAACACGUUCGCUUCGAUCACCACGCCGUCCGUGAGACGGCCGAGAAGCACCUGCCAUGGCUGCAGCGCCAAGCCUUCCCGUUCGCACCUGCCUUCUUGCCACUCCGCUUCGCAGAUGUGCAGCGGCUGCCGCUGAACUCAUACCUAUUCAGCAACCUCUUCCAGCACACGUCGCCGGAGUGGCGCGGCGUGACAGGGGUGGAGGGGGCACCGAUAGCCGACACCGCAGGCGGUGGUGACGCUGGCCACCCGCCCAUCUCCGUCCUUGGCGCUGCUGACAAGAACAACUCGGUGACAACAUUGUCGUCUUCCUCGGUCGCCCUUGCCGCUGCACGGCAGGCUGAGCAGCGAGCGAUGCGCUUGUACACAUCCUCCGAAGCAGCUGCGGCGCGUCUAACAGUGCUGUCGCGCGCCUUCGGGGCGGUUCGCCGGUACGUUGCUGUGGUGCCUGGGAAGAGCCGCUUCCUUGCUCCUCACGUGACAGCAGAGUAUCUUCGACAGCGCCUGUACUCGGCGGCGCACGAGCCCACUCUCGGCAGCGGCGGCGGCACAGCCCUGACGAUCUCAGGGGGUCACUCGGGCAGUGGCGCCAGCGUCUUCCGCCUCGCUGAAAGUGCGGGUUACGAUGCCACGCUGAACUGUGGUGCCGUCAUCGUGGUGCACCUGUUUAUUCAUGCCGUGUCGAGUGGGAAGGAGGUGGCCACCCCGCUUGUGCAGAGCUUCCGCGACUAUCUUCUGUCACUCCCAAUCUUCUCCCUGGUGGAGUGCGACGGGUGCGCCACCAGCGGCGGUGCGCGUGGUACCCCUUUCGGUGGAAGCAGCAGUAGCGGUGGCGGAGGUGCGCGCUCGGCGCUGGCCCCGGAUACGGUGCAGCUCGCUGUAGACCACAUAGUGAGGCAGGUGGAUUCGGCGAUCAACGCGGCCGAGGUAACACCUGCCACCGCGGAGCAGAGCUUAAACAGUGACGGUGACCGCCCAGCUGUUACACCGCUGACGUCGGCGCUGCUUGAAGUAGCCCUGGUGCUGGCCCUGCAGCGUGGUCUUGUGAGUGAAGUACUGCGCGUGUCGCGGUACCUCUUACGCGUGCCAGCCGGUGUCUUCUCGCCUCCUUUGGUGCAGUGGCUAAACCGCCACGCCGCCGGCGUGACGCCGCAGCCGGCCAUGCCAGACGUUGGACGGGCCCUUAAGUGCGCCUGCGAAGAUCCGUCUGCCUUUAUAGUGACGCCCGUAAGCCCCGUGACGACAGUGCUGUCGGUGGCCUACGGCAUCGGUACUACAUUGUUUGUGCACACGGCAGACGGAUUGACCAAGUACGGCCCCUCUGUCACCACAUCGUACGUCCUCGUAGUGGAGACAAGGCAGCCGACGGCGUACUGCCUUGGUGCAGCCUCGUCCAGCUUGGCAGUGACGCACACCCGCGUGCUGCUUCUGACAGACCGUAUGGCACCUGCUGAGGUGGCCCUGGUUGUUUACGGGCUGCAGCUUGACACUCACCAAGUUCUGCGGUGGGCCGAUAUGCACAGCAGCUGGCCCUGCACGCUGAACUCGCACCCCCAGCUCGUGAGUACCACAGAGGAUCGCGUCCUCGUCGUCUACGAGGACCACCGGCAGCAGGCACCUCCGGCACGCACGCUGGACGGCGCAGCGGCAGCAGCCGGUACAUUAGCGAGCGCAGCGGCGACCGGUGGUGUGGCCCGCUCCAGGGCUGGCUGCAGUCUCUCCACGGCCGCCGCAACAGCAACCUCGGCCGAGUGGACGGUGAUGAUGCACUGCUACAUCGCUGCCACGGCUUCUUCGCUCGCUGCGGCGCCGCUCUGGACACGUGCGCUGCACCCCGCCCCGGCCGCGGCGGGGCUCUGCCUCAGUCACUGCCUCGCGCUGCGCAAGCCCAGCCUUGUUGACCUGGGCUGCCCGGAGGACCACUUGACUGUGGCGGGCGGGCAGGUGACCGUGGAGCUAUGGGUGCAGUUUCUUGACAAGGAAGACGCGGCUACACUUUACCAACACGGCGACCGCAGCACCAACGGCGAGGUCUUCCUCGAGCUGACCAAGUCGGAAGGCACCUACUGUAUCCGCGGCGGCUAUCGACACGAGAUGCGUGGCUUGUGUGUUGUCUCGGCGCCGCUGCCUCCCACAGCAGAGACACGGCCCUUCCACAUUGGUCUCGUCUUCAACGGGCGAUGGCGGCUGUUGUUUGAUGGUGAGGAGGUAGCAGGCAACCGCCAGGGUCCACACGUGUCACUCGACUCGCCAAAGCAGCGGUGGACGGUGGGGACGAACUGCACGUGCUUGCUGACGGGCUUGCGUGUGUGGCGGUUGGGUCGCACGACACGCGAGAUCAGUCGUGACUACCGCCGCUCCCUCGUCGGCGACGAGCCGGGGCUUGUGGUGCAACUCUUCUUCAAUGAGAAGAGCGGCAACGUUGUCUUCAACUACGUGCACAGCGUCAAGGCGUGCCACGCCGUCUGCAUCGGGGCUGUGACUCGCAAACCGUGUGACGCGCACCCGUGGCGAAGCUACGGCUCAGGCGCGCUUGGUGGUAACAGCACUGCGGCGGCAAGUGCGUCCGUUGCAUCGACAGGAAGAGCGGCAGCUGAGACUGCACUGGCAGCUGUGUCAACACCGGACGUCACACCGGUGUGCGCGCGGCUGCACGAGUGGCGCGAUCUCGCCAUCAGCACCUGCUGCGCCAUCCGGCAUGCACUCAUCGUCCGGACACCUAUCAGCAAUGAUGGGCCGUACGCGCUUAGAGAAGGCGGCCACGUGCUCAUGUUCUUCGACCUCACCACCGGCGUCGCACAUCACUCGCUCUUCUUUCUGACAAGCCGCAGCCCGGUGCGACACAUGAUGCGCGCCGACCCGCAGGGGCGACUUUGGGAACUAUUCGAGGUGGACGUCGGUCUCGUGAAAGGGGAGCAGGAGGCGUCCUAUCUGCUCUCCCUGCUCGGCAACACCGGGGCGGCGCCGCAGAGACCGCGCGACCGGGUGCUCGCCGUGGCGCCCCUGCCGCUCGCCGAGGAUGAAGAGGCCCUGGACCACCUCGGCACACUUGCAAAUAAGGGAGAGGACGAGGAGGGCGACGGCACAGAGGAAGUGGUGUCGCGCGACUCGUCGGGCUCGACGACGACGAGCGUGAGCCACCCUGUCAGCACGGCCCAUAGCACGGCAGAGCUACAGGGAUCUGGCGAGGCGGCUGCGUCCCAGACCACCCAGAUCCUCUCACGUAUGCCGUCCUUCGCGGCGCUCGUAUCACAGCCUUCAUCGGUGGUCACCUACGGCGCUGUGGCGCUGUGGCUGCUGAAACUACUGGCCCUCCAUGCCGAGGCGGAGCCCGGGGUCGAUCAGACGCUCUUCUCUCCCCUCGCGGACGACGUGGGGAGUCGAUGCGUGACGGAGGUGCGGCUCAUCUUGGGCGAGCACUUUCGUGUUGUCAAGUCGAGCAACGCGCGUCGCGCCGUGGCUCUGAAGAGCUCUGUAUCGUGGGUGGUGGUGGCGGCAGCGCUGCGCGUCUUACUGCGCCUGGUGCGCCGUGCGCGUGCCUUUGGCCUUCACCCCACACCGUUGGGCCUGACAGUGGUGAGGGAGGGCACAGAGCACGAUGGUGAGGCCGCGGCGGACGGGUCGAAGAGCUCACCAGCGCACAUCUCCAAGGCCACAAUGACGCUGCUACUGCGGGAGCUGCACGCGUCUUCGACUCGACGACGCACCAGCGCGUCCGUAAUGCAGUCACGGCUAUUGUUGACUGGGCCCCACACCAGUGGCAGUGGCGACGACGAUGACAGCUGUGCGACGGACAGCUUCACGCUACUCGGCCUCCUUGGCGACAUCAUCAAUGAAGAAGGGCUUACGCUCUCGCCGGAUGUUGUGGCCCUUGCUCGCACCACCACCAUCGAGGGCGUCGAGCUCUUCUUGCCCGACGUGCGCCAUCGUGCGCAUCUCCUGCGGGACCUUCUUCGCGCCACCUCAUGCACCUCCACCUCGCCUCGCGUAUCUGCAGCCGCCGGUGAUGCAGCGGCGGCCUCAUCGCCGUCCGCCACAACGGAAGAGCGCGUGCCGGCUAUGGAGGUGCUCCUUGACGCCGUGGCGCAAAGCUUCACCACUGUGCUCGCCGCGGCUCCUCUGCUCGGCGUCGAGGACGACGGUGGAAAGUUGGGAAACUCCGCCGCCGUCACCGAGCUCUGCGACACCCUUCGCACGCUUCUCGAGGAGUCGUCUGCGCAGUGGCGGUUUCUGUGGACUGCGAAGACGGCGAUGUGGUCAAUCCGCAAGUUUUCGGCCUUCGCGGCAUCCCUUUCGGAGGCCAUCGCCUCACUGCAACUACUGCUGCUCAGCGCCUGUCAGGGCUCGCGGUGGGAAGCGGCUCUGACGCUUAUGCAUGCCAGUGGUGGCGGUCGCGGUGCAAACCACGUAGCGGACCCCGGUGGCAUCAGCGACAGGAGUGGCCAAGGUGACAGUAGCCAUGGCGGCAACGGCAUGCCGUUGAACGGGAUAGCGGAAAGCGCUGUCGACGGUGUGAAUGGCGGUGGCACCGGUGUUGGUGGCCCCGACAGCGUCGCGGCCGUUGCACUCGAUCUACAGCGACUGUGCUUUUCGCAGGCGGCGGCCUACCACCCUUGCGUGCGAGCCUACUACAGUGCCCUCUUUGACAGUACCGAGCUCUGCCUAAACCUGUGUGUCCAGCAGCCUCAACAGUCGUCGGCAGGCGGUAUCUCGAAGACUGCAGAGUGGGGCGACGCUGACAGUGGCGAGCCGCUGUCGGCAAUUCUGUCGAGCCUGUUCCCAACGUUCGUGAAUGCUCCACUGCACACGGCGUUGAGCGCUAUCCCGCUUGUCCUCGCUGCUGAGGAUGCGGAGUGGUUUCUCAAGCACCUCGAGCACCUGCUUGAACUGUGUGAGACGCUGCUGGAGCGGGUGGAGUUGCCCACGAGCCCCAACAGUGACACUGAUCUGUUUACCAGCUCCAGCAAAGCCAGCGGCGCAGUUCUUCCCGGCAGCGGCGCCUCCGCUGCUGCGCGACGGCUCCUGUGCUCUCUGCGUGAGGCGUUCUUCUACGCUUCUGUGUGGGUCGCCGCAUUCCUCUUCAACAGCACGGCCGUCUCCUCAGCGAACGUCCGGUCCGACGCGGUGCGCCGCCGGCUUGGCCUCAUGUCCGUCACAACAACACCAAUCACGCAACGACAAACGGCACAACUCACCGGCCACGCAACGUCUGUGGCGGCAGCGGCGAGCGCCGCGACGGGGGCCGCACCGGCCAGCAGUGCCGCUGAUGACGCGGCCUCUGCUGCAGUGGACGAGGAGCUCACCCGUCUCUGGGAGCACCCGCUUCUGGAGGGAGGCCUCCGAACCAGCACCGUCACAACAGCCGCGGCAGCGACCCCGACGGCUACAAAGACACCUGCGGCGACUGUACCGCGGCACCGAGCGCAGUUCGUGUCGCAGCUCAUCAAGAACACGGCGUACUGGACUGCCAAACAGUCUAUGCUGGACCCGCUGGCCUCCAAGUCCCAUCCUGCCGUGGGACCCCUCAUCACGGCCAUGGCGGCGGCAGCUUUGCACCUCAGCGCCACACCACUGCAGCACCUUCCGCCCACGCGCGUGGAAGAGUUAAUGUGUACCAUCAUGCGAAAGCUCUCGCGGCCGAUUCGCACCGAGCUACUAAGCCGAUGUGGAGAGGGCGAAGACCACAGCAGCGGUGGUCUUCCUCCACCGCCCUCACCUCGCUCAUUGGGGCGGCCGGAGUCCCUCGGACAGACUGUGGCAGAGCUGCAGCGUCGCUGCGAGGUGCUGCUGCAGGCUCGGAGCUGCACCGAGUUGUGGGGAGCGGAGGACGCUCUUUUUUGCAUUCCGACAGCAUGCGCCCCAGCAGCAGCGACGGCGGUCGGCACGUCGGCCAUGGGGACACCACCGUCCUCGUCCGCGCCGAGCGUCUCGGCGGCACUGCGCUCUGCAUGGAGCUCGUACCGUCUGCGGCGAAUGCGCUUCCACGCGCACGUCGCCUCGCACCCCAGCUGGACGCUGCACGAGGCCACCCAACUCGUUACAAGCGUCGUACUUUCUCGCCAGGUUACAGCUGAACUUCUGCGCACGUCGCUGCAACAACGCGAGGCGCUGGCUGCGUUGAGGCGUAGCGGCAUCGAGCACAUCUUCCGCCUCGUGCAACGGGCCCCCCACAGUGCCGAGAGCGCUGCUCAGCUGCUCAGCGCGCAGGGUCGCGGCGCGCACACGCACUAUGAGGCGGGAAUCAGCGGCUGCGGCAGCGCUCACGUUGAUCCCAUGCGCCGCGUCCUCUACGACCUGCUGCGCUGGUCCAUGGAGGAAAUGCCGACCCAGUUGGGCGCCAGUGGCGGGGCCACGCGCAGUGGUGGCAGUCUGCCACUCUCCACGACGAGCUCGGCAGCAGUGCUAUGCAGCCUCCUUGACCGUAGCUGGAAACCGCGUGACUUCGCCUUCUUUGUGCAGCUGCGAGUGGUGCCGAUCAUGAUGGAGACAUACGGAACGCUUUUCGUGGCCGCCAAGCGUGCCCACGAUGAGGAAGCGGUGGCGUCGAUGUCAAGCACGCGCAGUAGCAGCGACGCGUUUGGGCGGCAGCGACACUCCACCGUUGCAGCCGAAACGACGACGAGCAGCAGCAAUGCUGUCCUGGCAGACAAUGGCGCAACGGCAACUCAUUUGUGUGUUAGGUCGAUGGGGCUUCGCCACGUCAACCUUGCGGAGCAGCAGCAUCGCGAUAAGGUUAUCACUGCUCAGCAGGCGCGUCGUACGAGCAAAAGCACGCUCAUGACGGCCUUGACGCUGAAUGGGCCUGGCAGUGUCGGCAGCAGCGGCGGUGCGCCGCCCAGCCCUCCUGGGCUCAUGAGUGGCAGUAACGGCGACAUCACCCUGCAGCACACCGCCGUGGAGGCAAUGCAAGCAAGGGUAUGGCACUGCUUCAAGAGUCUGGCCCUCCAAGCGACGGCGAUGUUGACACCCGAGCACAUUAUGACUCUCUCGCGAGUGGAGCAAACCUCCGUCAUGGCGUUCUUAGCGGACAUGCUUGGAGCGAUGGAGGCGGAGCUGCGGCUGUGCCAGGAUGUGCUGUCGCGGGCCGUGAAAGACACGCCAAUGCUACUCGCGCAGGCAGGUGACGCUGCCGUGCUGGAGCCACUCGUAACAGUGCAAGACCAGGUAGACCUGAUUCUGAGUUUCCUGUCCCUCGUAGGUGGGACGCUCUGCUCGGCCUCUGUGUCCGUGCGCGUGUCUGCUCCGAUUGGUCACAUCAUAGCAGGCGGCGCAUCGAACGCACAACGUCCCAGCGGCGACGAUGGCACGGCACUGUUUCUCAGCUGCACUUUAAGCACAGUGUGCGCCAUCAUCGCAGAGACGCUGCUGGAGCUCAUCUUCUUGGACUUGUAUCACGUGCGAGCAGUGAGCGCAGACGCCACCGUGGGGUGCGUCGUGCGAGAUGCCGCAGCGUGUGCCAGGAUCGCGGCGCUGCUGCUGUGUCGAUGCCAGCCGUCUGCUGUUCGUGGGAUCGCCGUUGCACCGAGUGCUUGGCGAGAGAUGUAUGAUUCACCAGUGUUCGCGAAGGUGCUGUCGCCCACCUCCUCGCCCUUGAACGGAGGCCAUCCGUGCAUGCAGACGUGGCUCGAUCUCAGCGUGUACGCCUUGGCCACGACGGGUAUGAGUCGCACGACCCAGCAUUUGCUGCUGGGCUUCCACCGGCUCCUGCUUCAGCCAGCGUGGGCCGUGGAGUUGCGUGCCUUCGCGUCCUCCUACCAGGGUACUGUCCAAGACUAUGCAGCGUCCGUGCUGAGCAGUUGCAGCGGUGGGAGCGAGGUGGCCGGCGUGGAAAACGGUGCGGCAAGCAAGAAGAGCAACAACCUCUCCACUGGCACCGCAUCCCGGGGUCGCGAGCUGCAUCUUGUUCAGCUGUACGUGUGGUCGGCGGCACUGGGCGGCCAGUUGCUGGUUCCCCCAACCUCGCCCGGAGCGUCAGUUGCCUUCUUGAACGACAAAGAUGGCUAUCAAGCCACCCCCGCGUACGUGGUGGACGUGGAGACGGUUGCAUCGUCGUCGGUGGCGCCCGGUGGCACGCCUAACAUGGCUGGCGCGUCGCCCUCGGCCCUGUCCAGGCGGCCUAUUCGCGGCUCGAGCCAUUUCGUGCUCAAAACAACCACUCCUGAGGGCGAGAAGGUGCGCGGGGUAGUUGUCGCGCCGACGGAUGCGGCAGGUCUCAGCGGGAAUAGAGAGGAGGUGCAGCUUUCGCCGAAUCAGAUCUUCUUGCCGGCUUGGGAGAACGGCAUUGUGGCGCCAUCGUACACGGGCCUUGUCGAAGACUUCCUCGCACCAGCGCUCCGUCACUGCGUUCCGCUGCUGGGCAAGAAGCUAGACGCGGCGGCCGCCUUCACAGGUUUAGAGCUGACCUACUUCAUUAGUCUUCUUCACCUUACAGCCGGGGUGGCGCGUGCGCGGCCGGACCUCGGACGGCAGCUCAUCGAGUGCGGUGCGAUGAGGCCCAUUCGACAGUGCGCAUUGCAGAACGUGGUGCGGCUGCCGUUCCCGUUGAAGGCGCUGAGAGAGUUCGGUGCCUUGGUAGCGGUGCGUGCUGCGGAGGCCGCAGCCGAUCGCAUCUACGCCUCCGUAGACAAGGUCGACAACGCGACCAGCUUAGUGAGCAGCGUCGCCGGUGCGACCACGACAAGCCCAGCAGGGACGUCCUCGCUCGCUGCUGCCCUGGCGACUGCUUCCGCUGCUGACAUCAGUCGUGCCAGCGCCGGGUCGCGGUCCCCGUUCGGCUCGCCCUCGUCCACUCAACACCACCCGUUUGCUGGGAUGAGCGACUCGCUGCUGGAGAGCCUCCGCGGCGUGUCGCCUGGGCCCUCGGUGGGCUACCCAGCCACUUUUCUGUCCGGCUUUCCCCAAUCCAGCGCGACCGCCGCAUCCUCGAGCGGCUUCCUGCGGGACUCAAACGAGUACGGCCUCUCGCGUCUCGCGCGCAGCUUGGGUGUCUUUGGUGGUGCCUCACAGCAGGCGACGCGGACGAUAGGCGUGUCGGUGACGAGCAUCCUCAGCAGUGGCUCGGGCCUUUCCAGCACGAGUGCACGUAUUCCACCGCGAACAGAGGUUGGAAACGGGGCGCCGAUGUUUCUCUCCUUUCCCAUGUGGCCGGCACACGACGUGCCCACUCGUGGAACUGCGCGGAGUGGCGCUGCGUGGCUCCCGUACACACCGGCAGCCGUUGAGAUCACACCGUCACGCACCGGGGUGCACUUCCCCGUCUGGGAGGACGGCUUCGCAAUUGAGCUGGCGGUGCUGCUCAGCGACGGCGAUAUGUACCCCGCCAUGGGUGACGCGCUGAGCGUGCCGUGCUCGUGGCCGAGGCUGGAGCUGGACGCCGCAGCCGGCGCCACGGCUCUGGGGUUUCCGCUAGUGACGCUGUACACGCCUGCAGGCGGCGGCAACAGCAGAGCGGAAGCGGCGGCGACGCCAUCCAAUGCGAGCCUCUUUCCUUUUCUGAAGUUGAGUGUCCAGGAAGACAGCCUUCACGUCGUUGUGAGCCUCCCUCCAUCCACCGGCGGCGCAGUGGAUGGCACGGGCGGCUUGCACUGUAGCGCCAGGCGCGCGCUGCGCCGCGAGGACUGGUACCGCUGCAUGCACGUCUCUGUUAUGUGCAACGCGCAGAGCCUGGCGCUCUCCCGCAACGGUGAGGUGACAUCUGUGGAAUGGGGUGGCGCGGCCGGCGUUGGCCGGCACGCAGAGGCACUGCUUCGGCAAGAGGGUGCCAUUACCAAGGUCGUCAUCGGGCGUGCGGCCACUGAGAUGUCACCAGCGGCACUGCCUGCACCGCCUCGCGAGGUGGAUGGGCCAAUGGCGCUGAUUGGUGGACUGCGGCUGUGGGGCACGUCGGUGUUGCGAACGUCUCUCCGCGUCGUUGCGGAGCUGGUUGCUCGCGACCGGGCGCUGCAGUCCAUCGGCCUGCAGGAAAACAUGUGCUACCUCGAUCUCAAGGAAGGCACCGGCGCCGUCGUCGAGUCGGCGGACAACCACAAGCAGUUCCGUGGGGUUCUCUCUGGCGACGUGCGAUGGGCAGCAGAGCCGCUGCCGCUGGGCUUCUACCCGUCGAUUGAGCUCAACUCUGGCAACGUGCGCGACGGCGUCGUGGCUCCACUGGCAAGCAGCACGCACGUGCCACGCGUCGCCAUGGCCACUUUUGUCGACUCCCUCUCCCCCUUGUACUACGAGCGCUUUGGCGGCGAUGUGCUGUGGUCACUGCUGACACUGGCGGCACGCUACGCUACUUUGACGGCGUUGGAAGUUGGAGUGAGCCCCGCCUACACUCUGCAUUACCUUGCAGACACACCCUCGGUCUCCACCGUUGCUGCGCUAAGUCACGUGGGCUUCGAUCCUCGCCAAGUGCUCGACCCAACUCAGAAGGUGCCGUAUCAGCUACUCCGCCUGUUCCAGCUCCAAGACAGCGGCUACCUACCCAAUGCGCACGAGCGCCUCAUACACGCCGUCGUGCAGCGCCUCGUGGCCGUGCUGGCGGCGGCGGAGCCGGAGGACAAGACGGACCAGUCGUCGGUGGCUGCCAGAGCCACCAAUGACCCUCGCUCGACCGCAGUGCGAGCGGCGUCACCGCUGUGCCAACUUGUCGCCGACACUUCCCACGUGCUGCGACAGUUGCGAAGAGACGAUGGUGAAGUUUUCGUGAUCGAGGUGCCGCCUCUAAGCUCGGCAGCCUCCGCUUCUGCUCCAAUCACCCAACCUGUCGUCCUCCCGCUCUCCCUCACCAAUGGCGGUACGGGCGUGCUAACGUUUGACGCCAAGUACCGCAACAUGGAGCAGGCUACGGUGUACAAGGACAUGGAACUGAAGAAUGUCCUUGCCAAGUACCCGGACGGGCAGGGCGGGUGGCCAGUGUGCACCCUGACGGCGACGGAGACCCCCUGGGCGUACCUGCGCAGCGUGCCUACCUCCACCGCACAUCGGCUGGCGGUAGACAGCAAGGCUUACAGCCCUGGCAGCACGCCCUCUUCCUCCAUCGUCACCGUCACCACCAAGUCGCUCAAGUCUGCCGUUCUGCACGCGAUGGUGAAGGCAUUGUGCGACGCCCUGCGCAACCUCGCUGCAACUGCCACCGGCGCGGGCAACCAAGGUAAUCGGCGCGGCAACACCAGCACCGGCUCCACCAUUGCCGAGCAUGCCGCUGCAUGCCUGUUCGAUGCUCGCGUUGUGGUCUCCCUCAUUCAACAGAGCAGCGCCCGCUCGAGCGAGGACGACUGCGUGCACUUUGUGCACAUCCUCACGACAGUGAUGCAACUCUGGCGGGACAUGCCGCAGGUGCAGCCGUACGACCAAGUGCCCCUCGCCAUGGCGAUGUCGCACCUCAACACCCCGCUCUGCAGCAUCAUUCAGCACGUGAACAGCGACUCCGACCUUGGCUCCCUCUUGUCGUUGUCAACCGGCACGUACAGUCCAUAUGUACAGAGUCUGCUCGGGCUGCUGGUGAGCGCCGUGCGUGCCGACUGCGCCUGGGCUGGUCGAAGCUAUGUGGAGCAACUCCAGGGUCGCUGGCGCCGCCUGUGGGGAAUGUGGCAACGCGCCGUCGUGUACCGGCCAUCGAAGCUGGCAGAUGCGAAAGGAAAGAAGCCCAAGGGCCCCGCUAGUGGGGACAACACAAACAAGGGUGAGUCAGCCGCGCUCCCCAAGGACGAUAGACGAGAUGGGGUCACCGAGGCGGCGGCGAUCACCACCAGCAGCACCUUUCGGGCUCUCUUCCUGCCACCGUCCUCGUCGAGCUCGAGCUGCUACCAGCCGCAGGAAGCCAUGCCAAGCGUGGAGAUGCCACAAGCAGACUCGCUCGACACCUCAGUGGCAAUUGCAGGGUCGUUGUCGACGAGGCAUGCGGCGACGGAGGUUACGGAGUUGGAACGAAACUACGGCGGCUACGUUGAUGGGGAAGACCCUCUCGACAGCGUCAGUGGCCCCGGCUGUGUGGCGGUGGGCUGCGGCGGGGAGUCGUCAGCCCUGCCGCUUGUAGUGGAGCUGGUCGCCAUGCAGGUGGCGGCAACGGAGCCAGCGGACAUGCCCCCUUCGUCGACCUUUUCCUUGACGGGGCACCGCGGCCGGCAGUCGCAGCAACACCCUCGCGGGUGGUAUCCCCAUGGUGUGUCGCGCAAGGGAAACGGGCUCUGGGUGGUGCGCGCCACUGACAUGGGUAAGGAGAAUGAAGAGGCGCAGAAUCCGUUCUCAGCGCGCGAUGGAGCUGCCCGCAGUGUAACAACCGUGCGUAGCAGUGUCGGCGUGACCAUCGGUGUGUUCUACUGGGAGGUGUACGUGGCGAACAUUAGCCGCGCCGAGCAUCCCACCACCGCGCCGGGUGGCGGUGCCAAGUUAGUCUCGAACAUCGUCGUUGGCGUUGCGACGGAGCGGUGUGUGCUGACGCACUGCAGCGCCACCGGCAGCGGCACGCACGCGGAGGGGCGAGACGGGUUCCUCGGCAAUGACGGUGAGUCAUGGGCCUUCGACGGAGGUCGUGCCCUGCGGUUUUGCCGCGGCUACGCAGUGGAGUCGAGCCCCCGUACGCGGUGGAAAAUGGACGACGUCAUUGGCUUUGUGCUGGACCUGCGUCAGAACAAGCUGUCCUGUCUGCACAAUGGUCGUCUCGUCUCUGAAUUCAGCGAUACCUUCCUCUCGGACGAGCAGCGCGCCGCGCGCGUCGCCGUCUUCCCUGUCAUUAUGUGUACAGGUGAGGCCAGCUGCGAGGUGAACUUUGGCGCCACUGGUUUCGCCAGCACCCCGCCACCAGGGUGUCUUCCGGUGGACCUGUCUAUCUACAUCAACGAGGAAGCGUGCCGGGUGUGGAAGGUGAUUCUGGCAAACGAAGUCAGCGCACCCCUUACCACGGCUACCACAGCAUCCGCGGCCCGUGCUGUACAGCCCGCGCGCCUUCUCUCUAGCCCCGUCAUCGCGCUGGUGGGUCAGCACCUGACACGCUUCACACAGGGCCGUCAAGGCCCCCUGGAUGUCUUUCUCUUGUCCCCGGAUACCAACGCGAAGUUCGUCACCUCGCGCGAGUGCAAGACGGAGGACGCGGCGAGUCUUCUCUUCGGCAGUGUGGCCGUCACAUCAGGCCGCUGGUACUUUGAGGUGGUGCUGCCAACGGAGCCAACUUUUAGCGUCGGCUGGUACGCGCGCAAGUCGCUCGAGGAGCAAGGUGGUGGGAGUAGAGGAGGCGCCGGUUUGGCGGAGCUCAUCGGCGUUGGCGCCGGUGGGGCAGCGAAUAACAGGGAUGCGGCUAGCGUCUCCCCGACCUCGCCGACCCGCGCGCAGCUCGGGAGCGACGGGGCCUCGUGGGUUUUCGAUGCUGGUCGCAUGAUCGCACGGCACAACAAGCAGCAGAUCAGCCUUAGCCGUCGCGCAUGGAAGUGCGGCGACGUAGUAGGGUGCCUACUCGACUGUGAAGCCGGCACGGUGAGCUUCAGCGUCAAUGGUGAGUUCCUGAAGGCGGCGCACGGCAAUGGCGCCACCGGAGGUGAUGGGCGAGGCGGUGGCAAUGCCGCUGUACUGGGCGGCACGCGCGGCAACUCGGAGUCCUUCGAGGCUACGGCCACGACAUCUUCUGCGGUACCGUGGUUUGCCGACUCCGCAUCCGCGUUUCCAACGCAGGAUGUAGCAGCGACAGCACUCUUCAGCGACGUGUGCAUGAGCGAGACGCAUGGGCUGGUGCCGGUCAUUCUUCUGGAGCCCAAGUCAUCGCUCAUGUGUCUGUGGAACGAAGAGGAGCUUCUCUUCCCACCAAUGGAGAGUGGCGCCUUCCGGGCGCUUGGAGGUGCCGGCACGGUACACGAAGCGUUAAUGGAGAUGAUCGUCGUAACGGAUCCUGGGACGACCGACCACUUUCCCAUGCAGCCACCCCACGGCAGAGUGGACGUCGGCAGGAACCCGAACAAGGGGAAGACGCUAUCCAAGCCGUUGGAUGCUGUGGCACUGCAGAAGUUGCUCUACUACGCGAGUAAGGUGCAGGAGCUGCACCCUACCAGCCUGCGUAGCUACACGAUGCCAUCCCUGUACGGUGUGCAUGACACAGCAGAGAGCCAUGACCGCCAAAAUGCAUCUGUCUCACGUCCUCGUGACAUCGAUGCCAAUGCCAUCACGCCGAGACGCGCCGUCUCACAGAAACCCCAGCAGCGCGACCUCUGCACUGUCAGCGGCCUCGACGCAGCCACGCUGCAACCGCACCUGAUGGGCCUCCUUCUCUUUGGGCACCUCGUCACUCUCCUCUACCCGUUCGCCCACGCUGCUGCGCUCCCAAUGUCGGUCGAAAACGCGCCGCUGGGCAGCAGUUGGGUCUUCAGCGAGCUGCAGGAAACGCUGCGCGCGUGCCAGCGAUACGCCCCGCCGUGGGCACCACUGCGAGUCCUGCAGUGGUCGCUGGAAAGCUCGAACAGCGGAGGCGAUGCGGUGCGACUCAGCGUGAACCGACGCAAGGCACUCACAGUGGUGCGGGACUGCACCGCCUCCGCUGCGCGCCGGCUUCGUGAUAGCCUUUUCGGCCAAGUAUACCAGCUACUCGCCAGUAAGCCCCCUGCAUUCUUCAUAACAAGCAAGAAGCUGUGGACCGUCUCCUUCUACGGCGAAGGCGCCGACGACGUUGGCGGCCCAUACCGUGAGUGCCUCACGCAAAUGUGUGCAGAGCUGAUGAGUACCUCCCUGGACCUCUUCUUGCCUAGCGCCAACAUGACCAGCGAGCUUGGGGAGGUGCGCGACAGCUACGUUGUCAACCCGCUCUGUGCGCCACCUCUGGAGCCGCACAUGUACCGCUUUCUAGGACGGUUGAUGGGCGGCUGCCUGCGUGGCGGAGAGCCACUAUCGCUCUACCUGCCCAGCGCGCUCUGGAAAUACCUAGUGGGGGAGGCCGCGGACGAUGCAGACAUAGCCCGCGUCGACGUGGCCACACUGAACGCACUCGACUACGCAGAGCAGCUGGCUGGUUUUCUGCCGCCGAGGGAGACUUUCGGAGGCAGCGGCGACGGCGACGACACCUUGCGCAACGAGGAGCUUGCCGAGCUCUACCCUCGCGGUUUUUCGCUUCUGAAUGACGCUGGCGUAGUGGAGGAGCUCGUGCCUGACGGGGCGCAGAUCCCGGUGACAGUCGCCAGCGUCGGCCUCUACACGCGUCUUGUGCGGAAGCAUAAGCUGUACUGCACGGCGGCGGCGCAGCGUCGCGCGCUGCAGCAGGGCUUCCACGAGGUGGUGCCACUCUGCAGUGUGUCAGGGCUUAAGUGGUACGAGCUAGAGGAACUCGUAUGCGGGCAGUGUGACUACGACCCAGAUGCGCUGUUGGACGCGGCCCGGUACGAGGGACUGUCCCCCACGGACACUCGCGUUAGGUUUCUCCGUUGCGCCCUCCAUGGCUUUACGCGGCACCAGCGCGCCCUCUUCAUGCGCUUCGUCAGCGGGCGAGAACGCCUGCCACCCGGGUUGCAUCUGAAGAUCAUGCCAGACGACACGCCACGUGUGGCGCCCAUCCCGCCUUUGACGCCAGAGCGAGCAGCGCCGUCGCUGCAGUCCGCUUCGCCAAACCGUCCGCAGCGCGUCGCCACCUCCAUGUCGAACGGAGCGACGACGGCAAUGAUGACACCGCAGCCGCCGCCGAGCAGCGAGCAGCGGUGCAGCACCUCUUUUGUGCGCCACAACACGCUUGCGCAGAGCCGCACCAGUAGCAAUGUUGGAAGUACCACAGUACCGCCGUCGCCACCGCAGCUCGGCUUCACGCCUCCUCCAGCCCAGCCGGUGUCGCGCGUGAUGCCACCGCCUGCCCUGCAGCCAGGUCAACUACUGCCGCUCGGUGGCAGCAGCAAUGGCGCAGAGUCACACACGCCGGCUUCACCACAUUCGUCGCAUGGCACACGAGAGGGAUAUCAACAGCCGGAGUCGAAGAGCGGCGACAGGCCAGUUGAGGGUGGUGUUGACCCUUCCCUCUGCGACGACACGCGCCUGCCGCAGGCUUCGACUUGCUUCUACUGGCUGCGCCUGCCGUGCUACAGUUCCGCGUCGGUCAUGGCGCAGAAGUUGCUGUUUGCGAUUGAGCAGUGUGUGGACAUCGAUGCGGAUUUCCGCGUACACGAUACGGACGUGGCCCAGCAAGAGGUCGGCCCGAGCCUGGUCCGCGUCAGCAGCGACGAGGACGACCUCUUCGAGGACUUCUCCCACCUCCGAUGA